AUGCCCAUCCACCCUAAUGUCCCAGAAGACACAGCUAUUUAAGGGAAGCUGGAGUACCGGAAAAAUAAGACAGUCACUUGGCAGAUCAAUUCCAGCAACCUCAGAGAGAGAUCUCAGCAUGAAGGCCCUCCUGCUGCUGGUGUUGGUCAUGGUCUCUGGUUUGCUUCAAGUCUAUGGAGAUUUGCUACAAUUCUCAAAAAUGAUCAAGAGCAAGACGGGAAAGAAUUCUGUUCUAAGUUAUAGCAGCUAUGGUUGUUUUUGUGGUGGAGGUGGCAAAGGAACCCCCAAAGAUGGAACGGAUUGGUGCUGUGCUACACAUGGCUGUUGCUACAAACAUCUGGAAAGACUUGGAUGUAGUAAUUUGAAAACUCUAAAAUAUGAUGUUACCAUAAGUGGGAGCUCAAUCACCUGCAAUGUCAUUCAGGACCUCUGUAAGAAACUGCUGUGUGAGUGUGAUAAAGCUGCUGCCUCCUGUUUUGCAAAGAACCUGUACAGCUACAGUCUAAAGUACGAGUUCUAUCCCAAUUUGCUAUGCACGGGAAACAGCCCCAAUUGCUGAGAGGCCCUACUUCUGGGACACCUUGCCACCCAGUUCUGAGUCUUCCACUCCAAUACCUUCUGUCCCUACCCCAACUGAAAUCUCCCACCUCCACCCACUGUUCCCCUCUGUGUCCACUUUCAGGCUAACAGCAGUAGCUACACCUGGAGGUCGGGUCUCCCGAAUAAAUCAGCUCAUCUGUAAACUGCA